CACCCACGCCCCCCUCGCUCCCCAAACCCCCAACGAAACCCCACCGCCGGCCACCGCAAUGGCCGCCGGCGAGCAGCCCCUGGUCGAGGAAUCCACGGUCCCCAUCGCCUCCGGCGCCGAUCCCACCCUCCCCUGCGUCCGACCGGCACUCUUCCUGCGGCCCCGCGCCGGGGACGGCGCCCCUCUCCCGGCCCCGCCCGGCGACCCCGGCUCCGGCCCCGUCCGCGUCCGCGGGAUCCAGGCGGAAUUCAGGGGCUGGGCGUGCGUGCCCCGGCGGUGGCGGGAGUGGGUGGACAAGCUCCGCCCGCGGCACGAGGCGCUGUGGCGGGAGCUCGGGAUCCUCGGCGCCGUCCUCGCGAGCACGUGCCGGCUGCGGCGGCGCAAGCACGAGCGCGGGCUGCUCCAGCUCGCCGCCUUCUGGUCCGGAGACACCGGUACGUUCGUCUUCCCCUGGGGCGAGGCCACGGUCACCCUCGAGGACGUCGCCGCGCUCGCGGGCCUGCCGCUGCUCGGCGGCCCCGUGCGCGCGCCCGUGUCGGGCCAGCUGGAGAAGGACGUGGCCUCGAUCCAGGCCGUCCUGGCCGUGCUGAACCGGAGCAAGAAGAGGAACGCCACUUAUGGCGGGUGGGUAAAGCACUUCGUCGAGCGCGCGCCCGACAUGGGGAAGGCGGCGUCCACGGGCGUUGGCGGCGCCGGCGAGGCGGCGUGCGAGCUGGUCGAGCACGGCGCGUUCCUGGCAAUGUGGCUGUCCUUCUUCGUGCUACCGGCGCCGCCGUUCAGCGUGGUCCGCCGGGAGGUACUCCCCCUCGCGACCCGCCUCGCGCGCGGCCAGAGCGUCGCGCUCGCGCCUGCCGCGCUCGCCAGCAUCUACCGCGAUCUCACCGCGCUCAAACGCCACAUAAGCUUGGGCAUGGAAAAGGAGCCGUUUAUCAGCUCAGCACCAGUGCACAUCCUUCAGCUUUGGGUCUGGGAGCGUUUCCCUCAGCUUCGCCCUGAGCUAGCAAGAUCCCCUGCUCCUGGCGAUCAUGAAAUGCCAAGGGCUGCCCGGUGGCGCGAUAUUGUCAAAAGGUUUAGUUCCAAGCACGUGCAUGCAGUGUUCAUGUCACCAAAGGAGUUUGAGUGGCGGCCAUAUGGAAGUUGCAGUUUUUUUGCUCUGCAGCCAGAGACCGGUGGCUCUCAGGUCCGCAGCCAGGAUAUAGCAACAAAUGAAGCGCUCUUGUCCUUUGCGCGGUGUUUGCACGCUUGUGAGCUUGUCGGCAUGAACUGCAUUGUGCUUUACAGGCCUCAUCGUGUUGCAAGGCAGCUAGGCUUCGAUCAGGACAUUCCUGGGAUGAUUUCCUUUGCAAACUCAGAUUGGGAGAGAGCAUGGGACACAUACAACAUAGAGGCUGAAAGUUCUGAGUUUAUAGUUCCAAAUCACAAGCCUGGUGUGACGGUUCAGUAUGCACGAUGGUGGAAGCCUUACUCAUCAGCAUGUGGUACUGCCGUUGCUAAUGCUGCACAGAUGAAAGAAAUCUGUGCUUUUGUUAGUCCGGUGAAAAGAAAAAUGGAAGGGGUUCCUGCUGCUAAUUCUGGCAAAAGGCUGCGUGUGGACACUGCCAAUCGGGGCUGGCCACCCCACAUACUGGCUGGCACUAACGUCUACCCUUCCCACUCCUCAGCCAGCCAGGCUGCAAUAAGACGAGCUGUGGCAGCGCCAGGGCUUGUUCUCCGUGCGUGUCCGCCCCACCUAAGAUUUAGAGCUAUGCCCCCCACUGCUGCCACCAGGAUGGCUCAGACAGCGCCAGAUGCAUCCAAUGACCAGCUUGAUCAUGUUUCUCUUUCUGAAAGGCUUAAUAGCAUUACUAAGAUGCCUAAGCAGCACAGCGUAGAAGGUUUGGUGAAGGGUGGUGACCAGGAGAAAAAUGUUGGAAGCCUGAAGAGUUUUAUACCAAGAUCUGAAAGUGUUAGAUCAAAGAAGGAAGUUUUACACACCGAUGUUGGGCAAGCUUUGGCUGAUGCAGUGGCAAGCACAUCUAAUGUAGUUCAUGAAUCGUGUGGCAGGUCAGUUACUAAAAAAGCACAGGGCAAAUGUCUCCAACAAAGUAGAGAGGAGAAUCUUAAUAUCCCCUAUGAGGAGAAUAAUAACAGAUCAGAGUAUUGUGCCGUACUGCUCCCUAAUGUCGUCCCUGGUGCAGUUAGCUCUGGAAGCAAUGAAACUACUGGAGCUCGGGCUGAAGUUGAUAUGCUGCCAACACAUGAAGACUUGCUGAUCACUGAUGAUAAUGAGUGCGAUAAAUUAAGUGGCACGGAACGUGAGGUGAAUGCAAUGCAUGUGGAAUCUCAUAUGUGGGGGAAAAAAACAUCCUCUAUAAGACUGGGAAAUGAAGACACACAGCUGGUUGACGCAAGAAAUGACGCGCAGGACGGACAUGUUUUGGAGAAAGUGACUGUCCAAGGAAAUCAUUUCAACAUUGUGGAAAUCAGUGAUGAUGAUCUUGAUGAAGAAGCAAGCAAGGAAGAUAUGGUGUUUGAUGAAGCAACGAGCAAGGAAGAUGGAUUGGAUACCAUGCAUAUGCAUCUGAAAUCCCCCAAGAUGGAAGCAACGUGGUCCAUCUUACAAGAACGUAAUGAAGAAAAGCAGCUGGUUAGUGAAAGAAAUGAUGAGCAGGACAACCUAGUGAUGAAUGAAAUUAUGGUGCAAAACAGUCGUGAUUGUGAGCUUGGAAGUGUUCCAAAUAACAUAACUCUCGCACAAGAGCAAGAUGUAUUAACUUAUGCUGCUACUCUUCAAGCCGAUGGUAAUCUCUUAGAAGGACCAACUGAAGAAAUGCAUACAUGCGUUGUCACAGGAGAUAUUGGCAAUACAGACAAUGUGUCCAUGGAAAAAAAUGGUUAUCUGGAUUACAAUGAGAAAGGAAAUGAAGAUAUCUUAGUAUCAAACCAAGAUUUAGAAUCUCCUAUGGAAGACUCCACAGGAGCCAAUAGAAAGAGAUCAGGAGAUAGUGAGAGGUUCUCUAGCAGGAUGUUAGAUGGAAAUACUGAACUUAUUAGCAGCGAAGUUUGUACUAAAACGCUCUACUAUCUUAGUCGGUUUGAUUGGGUGAGAGAUGUUUGGGACAAAGAUGCAAAUAGUACAGGCACAUAUCAAGAUGUUUACUUGCCAACGAGGGCAGUUGGUACAAUGGAAAUGAUAAAAAAGGCAUCUGCAAUUCGGCAUGCCGAAAUUGCUGAGUUGAAGAAAAAGAUUCAUAAUCUUAAGGAAGAGAUUCUGGUGCUUGAGGCAAACAAGGGGAGCCCCUCGAAUAGUAAAGUAUGACUUGAAAUAUAAUAGUAAUAUUGCUCUAUAAGACACUAGACGUGUCCUGAUGGUUUAGUUUAGUAAUAGAGUGAGCUAGGCUUGCUGGUGAAAUUAGUCUCCUUUGUGGAUUGUGGGUGUCAAUUGUCAAAUGUGCCAAUGGAUCCCAGUACUGAAAUAACUGCAGCACUUAAAUCCAGUUAAGCUCCUAUUACUAGUUCAUAGAAUUGACUAGUAACCAGUGUUAAUAUCUGUCUUUUCAUAGAGAAGUACUGCUGUUCUAGAUUCGGUCUUCUCGGAUACCCUUUCGACUUCUAGAAGAUAACUUUAUCACAAUCUGCUGGUCUUCUGGACAGCUUGAAGUCUUACAGGACCUACUAAGCUAAUGUUAUCCUUGGAAUCAACACAAAAUAUUUGAAUAUAAGGUAGCAUUUUUAUUGUUUGCUUUGGUGAAGAAUGAGCUAUUUAUGUCACAUUUAACCUUUUCACUUCCGCUUUGGUACCCGAGAGUUAAAAAACCUUUGUGUGUAACUAAGUCAAUUAGAAGAAAAUGGUAGAAGACACAUAAAUGGCCUCUGCUGCAUCAUCAUCUGAUAGUAAGGUGAUGAGAAUAAAAUGGCAGAAGGAACUGCCAUUGCAUAAAAAGUGCCAAACUGUAUUUACACAAAUGAAGAAGUUUCUACAAUCUUUUCUCUCAGUACCAGAGAUUCUUCUCAUUGUUUUAUUUUGGACUAGGAUUUGGUUCAUAGCUGUUUCUGAAAUCUGAACCUUGGGUUUAAGAUGGUUUGUAACCGUUAAACUUAGAAUUUGAUACAAAGGCAACUGCCAAAUAUCUCUCGCAAAAUUUUGUAGAAGCACCUGAAUGAGUUCAUAUAAUCAUACAUUAUCUGAAAUUUUUUUAGGUGUUUGGAGUAGAAGUACAUAUGUAAGUACAAAAGCUAAGAAGAAACAAUAAGAUUGUUGGUACCAAACUGUAUAUUUGAUUUGUUUUCUAUUAUGACAAACCUCCCUUCGAAAUAUAGUUGCCCAUAUUCAAGUAUCAAACCCCCGUUUCAUAUUUUGGUAAUUGCCACAAGUUAGAAUGCAUUCAGGCUGCAGUGUUUCAGUGUGGAUCAGUAAUCUAAGCUUCAUUGCUGAGCUUUACCGGUCUGUGCACCAUGGAGAUUGACAGAAGCUGUUGAACUACUCUCAUGCAACCUGAACCUGAGAGAAGGAUUGUAGCCUUCCCAUGAGGAGGCCUGCAUCCGGAUGUUAAGUAGACCAUGCGGAUAUUGUCAAGAUCAGCAAGGUUGAGCUUGAGUUCUUAAUAGGCACAGACUUGGGCGCAGGAUGGUACUGUCAUGAAGUUCCUGUCCUAUAAUGAAGUCUCUCCUGGUGACUCUUGGAGAUAAAAAGAAUGCUAGUAAAAUGCCAAGGUAUGCUUUAUAAUUCUGUCCAAGAUGUUUAUUUAUAACAUGUUAUUCUCAUCUUCAAAUUGAAACUUCUAUGGCUCAUGUUUUUGCUAGAUGCUAUGUAUGCAUUUAUCAUGUAAUUUUUAUAGCUAUGAUUUUUGUCUGUUACUUGAAGACUAACUGCAUCUCGGGUUUAAAAAGCUUAUUGUAGUUGUUGGAGGACCCUCAUGUAAUUUUUUCAUUCCCAAACAGUGCAAUUUGAUACAACAUUUGCAGUUGAUGCGUUCAUUGGUGCUCUGCUCACAAAGAUCAUCCAAGAUCCAUCAUCACCACAGGCAUACUAUCCAAAACACAUCCUUCAGUGUUUGCUCUGUAAAAGAAUAUCACUUUAGAGUUUAAGGUAUGACAACUAGACAUGGAAAAUAUUGUUGGGGUCGAACGUACAACGCUAGAAACUUAUAUUAGAUUUUGGUCUCUGUUGAGCAGUUAUCAGGUAAAUGUGAUUUGAUGCCCUUCAACGUCAGUUACGAUAAUGCUAUUGCUUUUGCCUGUUGUUUGGUUGUAAAAUUAGUCAUUUUCCUUUGAAUUACUUAGGAGUUCCUCUCUACCAUGGAAGGCUUAGAAAGGGGGGAAUACAUCCUGUUAUUGACAAAACUGGAGUACUCAGUUGAAGAGGAAGGCCCUGCUCUCGAGGGGGCAGAUUAGUUCUUGUGAA